AUGAUACACCUCGAGGGGUUCAUCUCACCCUCUGAACGAGCCCACCUACUGAGUUUAGGAGAAGGCGCCUACAACAGAUCGCAAGUCUAUACCGGUACUAAAGACGAUAUUAUUUCAGAUUAUCGCACGAGUGAUACAGCGGUACUCCCGAACAACGACACCAUCGUCCAACGUAUCAUAUCUCGAGCUUCCAGCCUCCAAGGCUUCACACCUCUAGAGAACCACGAAAAACUACAACUCACUCGGUACAAGGCGGGGCAACAGUUCAAAGAGCAUUGGGAUCACUUUCAAGACGAAGACAUACCAGCGAAUGAGACACAGAGAGUAACGACAAUCUUUGCCAUACUCGAGGCAAGUUGCGAGGAGUGUGGAACGAGAUUUCCUCGGAUUUCGGUGGAUUGGUCACAAGAAGACCAGAGAUGGUGCUGCUUCAUUGAUUGCAAUGAUACCACCGGCAUCACUAUCAAACCUAUUCCUGGCAACGCGCUCUUCUGGAAAAACCUCAACGUUACUGGCGACGGAGACCACAGGACCUUGCAUGCUGGUCUUCCCCCGCUUAAUGGCACAAAAACUGGAUUGAAUAUCUGGACCCAUUGA